CUGUGACUGUGAGUGUGAGUGUGACAGCUAGGCUAAGCUACUUCAGUACUUGUACUUUGGACGAGUCAAAAACGGAGUUUGAUGAGGUUGUUGGAUUACGAAUGUCUUCAACUUUGGAUGUGGAGCUGGUGUCAGUGUGAAUAAAGAAUAGCCAGAAGUCCAGAAGAACGCAAAGAUGGAAUUCGACCAUGUCCUGAAAACAGUUGGGGAGUUUGGCCGAUUGCAGAAAUCCAAUUUUCUCUUCUUGUCUUCACUGAACACCGUGAUGGCAACCCACAUGCUCGCCAUUGCUUUUGUCGGAAAAGAGCCUGCAUAUAUCUCAUGUAAAGACAACCCUAUUGCCAAGGACCAUCCAUGCAGUCCAGAUGCCAGACCAUGUAAUGAGUAUGCUUACUCUCAUGAGUUCACAUCUAUUGUAACAGAGUGGGAUCUGGUUUGCAGCAACAAGUACAAAGUUGGACUUGUCCAGUCUGUCUUUAUGUUUGGUGUCCUCAUUGGAGUGAUGAUAUUUGGUAUGAUGGCCGACACAUACGGGCGCAGAAAAAUGUCUCUGGUCGGACUGAUUUUGAUGUCUAUGUUUGGCAUGCUGAGUGCUUUAACCCAAACUUACAUGCAGUUUACAAUUGCCAGGUUUCUGUUUGGCCUUGCUACAGGGGGAGUCAUUCUGACUACAUUUGUGCUUGCCACAGAGAACCUUGGAAAUACACACAGAGGGCCAGCAGGUACCUUUAUGCAGGGUCUCUUCUGUAUUGGAAUAAUGCUCUUUGCUGUGGUUGCUUACUUUGUCCGAAGUUGGCGAGUUCUUCUGUUUGUCACAACAGCUCCUUUAACUUGCUACCUCUCUAUCAACUGGCUUGUACCAGAGUCCCCACGAUGGUUAGCUUCCCAAGGAAGAAUAUCUGAAGCGGAGGAUAUACUGUAUUACAUCGGGCACUACAACGGCAAGAAAAUCACCAAAGCAAUGGUCCAGCUUAGGGCAUCACCGAGUGUCACUACAAGCAACAAGCAACAUGGUUUGAUUGACUGUUUCAGAACUCCACGUUUACGCUGGCGUAUGUUAGUCAUGAUCUUUAAUUGGUUUACAUGCAGUAUGGUUUAUUAUGGGUUAACCAUGAAUGCCAGCAAUCAAGGGAGUAAUAUGUAUACCAGCUUUGCCUUAUCUGGACUUGCAGAAAUACCAGCAUACUUAGUGUGUUUCUAUCUACUUAACAGGCUGGGGAGGCGAAAACUUCUGGUUUGGUCCAUUCUAACUGCAGGAAUCACAUGCUUAGCUCUAGUCACUGUUCCAAUACAUGUGGAGACAGAAACUCUACGUACCAGUCUUGCAUUCCUUGGUAAGAUGGGAGUCGCAGCAGCCUUUAAUAUUAUUUAUAUCUACACAUCAGAACUUCUACCAACAGUGCUCAGGAAUAGCGGUAUGGGCAUCUGUUCUAUGGCAGCUCGAAUGGGGGGAGUAGUAGCACCCUCUAUUGUACCACUGGGUGAUACAACUGCUUAUCUGAUCUUUGGUGGUACAGCAUUUAUCAGUGGAGUCUUAGAUCUAUGGAUGCCAGAGACUCUGGACAAGCCACUCCCUGAGUCAAUCCGAGAUGUUGAGGAUGGAGACUUAAGAUGGGCAGAGGAUGACAUUGUGGUUGUUGAGAACCCUAAGACUGUCCAAAUUAUGGAGGAGAAGAUUGAGCUCUAUAAGAAAGAUGAAAUGGACUAGGGAGAAAGAUCAAAUAGCUGUUAAGCCUCUUCAUUGUAACUUUAUUAUGUUAGGAAACCCAAGUGUCGCUGUUGCUUGGAUCCAAAGCUCUGGAAUUGGGCGUCAAAAUGUCCUGUGCACAUCUUUAGCUUUGAGAAUGUGCGUGGGUGUGAGUAGUCAAUAGGUAUACACAUUCAACUACAGAGUCCACGGUUCGGGAAAAGUCAACAGUUGGAAAACAUGUACAAAACCUAUGGGAAAAAAGGUUAAAAGAGUAUAACACAAAUGGACAAUCAAGUCCACGGUUCAGGAAAGGUCAACAGUUGGAAAACGUGUACAAAACCAAUGGGAGCUAAUUCAAAAAAGUUAUAUAAACAAAAGAGGGACAAUAUGAGGUCAACGGUUCCAAUCGUGUACAAAACCUAUUGGAAAAAAAGUUUAAAAGAGUAUAUACAUGUAACAAAGAGGACGAUAGAGUCCACGGUUCAGGAAAGGUCAACAGUUGGAAAACGUGUACAAAACCAAUGGGAGCUAAUUCAAAAAAGUUAUAUAAACAAAAGAGGGACAAUAUGAGGUCAACGGUUCCAAUCGUGUACAAAACCUAUUGGAAAAAAAGUUUAAAAGAGUAUAUACAUGUAACAAAGAGGACGAUAGAGUCCACGGGUCGGGAAAGGUCAACUGUUGGAAAACGUGUACAAAACCAAUGGGAGCUAAUUGCAAAACAAAGUUAAAGAGUAUAAACAACAGAGGGACAAUAGGAGGUCCACGGUUGCAGGCGUAGGGGUGCAUGUGUACAAAGUGACCUUUUGGGAGUUCCCGUGUAGGAUCUUAUACACUAUGGAACAAUGGACCGCACAAGGGAAUUCUUUGUUCAACCCGGACCCCACAAGGGAAGUCUUAAGAAAGGGAAUAAUAGACCAACAAUAAAGGACCCCUUAAACUGGACCCAUAAGGUUGUGUGCACACACACACGGCACAUCAUUAUUUGAGCGUGUCUCAUGCAUUAUGUUCCGUUAUGUCUUCCAUUUGGUUUGUGUGCACAACCAAUUAAACUCAUACACCUUCCAAUUUCAUCAAGAUAGUAUAUUUAUUUACUCUUUGUUUAUUUUAUAAUAGUCUUAAAUGCUAAUAUUAUUUUUUUCUAUUGUUAACAAUCAUGUGUAACAUUCCCAUUUAAUUUGUUCAUGGCUUUUUUUUCCAUAUGAAUUUGACUAUUAUGCUAAAUAGAGGAUUAUUUUGGCUCAGUGGUUUCUUUCCCUGCCUUUCACCUCUGUGUACCCGUUUUGAAUUCCACUCGAAUUCGAAGACCAGGGCCUUGCAUGUGAAUGGAUUUUUUAGUCCCCAGCUGGUCGUGUGGGUUAUCCCCAAUUAGGCUUUUCCUCACAGCUAAAACUGACCACCAUUCUCGUUUCCGACUGGUCCUGUUAUUACUAAGUGUGCUGUUGCGUAUGAAAACAAAUACAAUAUAUAUAUAUAAAAUAAAUGGCAUGUACAUGUGUAAAUAUGUAUACAUUUUAAUGGAAACCAAUCAUGUACAUUGAAAAUGUGCAGAAUUUCUAACUAAAAUGUAGAGCAUCUCAAAAAAUGAAGGGAAUUUAAUUAAUGUGAAUUUAUCUCAAAGUUAACAAUUAAAUUAAUAUAAAUGUUAUUCUUUCUUUCCUUUUUAAUUAUAUUCAUAUGCACAAUCCAAUUAAUUAGAGGAUUUUUGAAGGUCAGUAAUUGCCAACUUUUUAACUGUGAACUUUGUUUGUGUGGAUGGGAUGGGUAAUUUAUGCAAAACAAUUACAUAAAUUAUGAGAUCUAAUUAUUAGAUCUUCCACUUUUUUUGUGGCCAUUUUACAAACAAAACAAUUUUCCUUCACAGUUUGGUUAAGCUAAAGUUAGUGAAAAAUCAGCUGGUGCAGAUUGUUUUUUUCUUUUAUUCUUUUUUUUCUUAAUUAUAUAAACAGUUAUCGAAUUGAUGCAAAGAAAUCAGGUUACAUAACUCAUUUUGUUUGUUUGUUUUGCAUUUAUUAGCUGAGAAAAGUUUUACUGCUGGAUUUGUCCUUUAGGGAAGUCUGUCGCGUCGGAGAUUCUGUCCCCCAUAACGGGAAGUUAACUUAGGUGGAUUCAAAAGAGGGCGCUGUCUCCGUGACAUAAUCUCCUGCAACGCUAGCACUUUUUAGGUUUAGCAUAACUCGGCAAUCGUACUUUCCUCUAGUAAUUCGAUUCCAAAAUUAACACUGCUCAGAGUGAAGUUUGAAAGGCGAAAAAAACGACAUAAAUUUUGCAUUUUAAUGUUUUGUCAUCUUUCCAUUUCUUUCAAUGUAUCCUUACAACGUAAGUUUUGUUCGGAAGAAUAAACCUAAUUUUGUAACAGAAUGACUUGUAAACAUUAAAUUAU